AUGACACUUGCCUGCUUCAGCACGACACCCUUCUCCUCGAACCCGAUCCGGACCAAGUCUGAUCUCGCAGCCUUCCUGAUUGGUCUGCUCGACCCGCUCGCGGCGCACACCUCGCCAGGAGGUGCGCGGGUGCAACUUGGGCAUACGGGGACGCACUACGACGAGGCCGCCGCGCAGCUCGAGGGGUUUUCGAGGCCGAUCUGGGGCCUCGCGGCCCUCCUUGGCGGUGGGGGCGAGUAUGCUGGCGCGGAGCGCUGGCUGAAGGGAUUCGCGAGCGGGACGGAUCCAGACCACGAAGAGUUCUGGGGGGAUAUGAGAAGCAAGGAUCAGAGGAUGGUGGAGUGCUCCGCGAUCGGGUUCGCGAUUGCCGUGGCGAAAGAGAAACUGUGGGAUCCGCUGAGCUCCGGGGCGAAGGAAAACUUUGGGAAGUGGUUAGGUGGGAUGAACGACAAGGAGAUGCCGAACACGAAUUGGUUGUGGUUCAGGGUCUUCGCAAACUUGGGGCUGUCGAAAGCCGGCUCGUCGUAUUUCAACGCGGAGAGGAUGAAGGCCGAUUUAGACCAUCUGGACACGUUUUAUAUCGGCGAUGGCUGGUCGCGUGAUGGGCCUGAAGGAGUGGUUCAGCUGGACUAUUAUUCCUCUUCCUUUGCAAUCCAGUUCGCGCAGUUGGCGUACUCAAAGCUCGCCCAAGACAGCGACCCCAAACGAUGCGAAGAGUAUAGGGACAGGGCACGUAAAUUCGCGCAAGAUUUUGUUCACUAUUUUGAUGAAGAAGGACGAGCAAUACCGUUCGGACGUAGUAUGACCUAUCGCUUCGCCAUGUCCUCUUUCUGGGGCGCCCUCGCGUUCGCCGAUGUCGAACUCCCCGCUCCGCUGACCUGGGGCGUUAUCAAGGGCAUACAGCUGCGAAACAUCCGUUACUGGGCAAGACAACCGGGCGCCUACUACCCUGAUGGCACGCUCACCAUCGGCUUCUGCUACCCCAAUCAUAACAUGACCGAAAACUACAACUCCCCCGGAUCUCCAUACUGGUGCUGCAAAUCCUUCGUGACGCUCGCCCUGCCUGAAACGCAUCCAUUCUGGGCUGCGGAAGAAGAGCCAUAUCCGAGCGCACUGUUAGGGUCGACGAAAGUGCUCAGCCAUCCGUUGCAUAUCGCGACGAGCAUGGGCGGGCACACCUACGUCCUCUCGUCGGGGCAGCAGUGCUCGUACGCGGUGAAGCAGAGCGCGGCGAAGUACGGCAAGUUCGCGUACUCGUCCGCGUUCGGGUACAGCGUCCCCGUGGGGAAUCUCACGCUCGAGGAGCUCGGCGCGGACAACGCGCUCGCGCUGAGCGACGACGACGGCGAGACGUGGAAGUGCCGGCGCGAGACGCGCGAGGCGAGGUUCGAAGGCGCCGGCGGGCAGGUGUGGCUGCGCUCGAUGUGGUACCCUUGGAAGGACGUGGAGGUGGAGACGUGGCUCGUCCCGCCGCAGGAUGCGAGCCCGAACUGGCACCUGCGCGUGCACCGCGUCCGGAGCAAGCGCGCGCUGCGCUCGGCGGAGGGCGGCUGGGCGAUCUAUGGGCAGAGGGAAGACGGCCGGGCGCUGGAGCCUGUUGAAGGGGAGGCUUUUGGGACGGCGGAGAGCGGGGCACAAGCGAGAGCGGCGUCUCGAGCGGGCGUCGUGGGCAUCGCUGCGCUGGAUGCGGAGUCCGCGAAGCGGGAAGGCAAGGCGCUGAGGACCGACGCAAACACGAAUCUCAUGGUACCGAGGGCUGUUAUGCCGACGUUGAUGGGGCAGCAUGAGCCGACGGACGAUGGGAAGGACGUGUGGCUUCUCACUGCCGUGUUUGGCGUACCGAGCAAGGGCGAGUCGCAAGGCGCGACGGCCGGAUGGCAAGAAGGAUGGAUGAGACGCCCGGUUGCACCGCCAGAGAUCGCUGAGCUCAUGAAGGCGUAG